CCCUUCAUUAGCAACUUCAUCUUUCUUUAUCCUCAAGCCUCUGUUCUUUCCCAAUUUCUUCAAAUUUCUAGGGUUUUUCAUUUCUGUUCAUUGAAUUCAAUCCACCUUUUAUCAUUUCCUCACCUGAACUAUCCAAUCAUCUUGAUCAGAUUAAGAUAAUGGCUUAAUUCAUUCUCCCUCUGUUUUUUCUCAUUCAAUUUUCACAUUCUCUUUCCAAGAAACAGAAGAAUUCAGAAAUGGCGUACUCAGACAUGGCGGGUCUACAACCAUGGUCAUUCAACCCUACUUCAUUAACAGAUUCAUGGACUUUAGAUGCUGAAACAGAAGCAUUAACUAAAGCUCUUCAGCAAUCACUCUCCAGAGAUACUAAUUCUGAGACCUUAAUAACCACUACUAAUGAUUCAAACAACAACUCAUUCAAUCAAUUCACUCAAUUCUCACCUGCAAUCUCAGGUUCAGAUCCAGAAACAACUUCGAAGAGAAGAAAUAAUCUAGCAAUUUCAAAUGGUAAGAUCAGUAAAAGAAAAUCUAGAGCAACUAAAAGAUCACCGGUUACUUUUAUCACCACUGAUCCUACUAAUUUCAGAGAACAGGUUCAACAAUUUACUGGUAUUCCUAAUGGUAAUUUUCUUCAUGCUAAUCUAUACGCGCCGGUUAUUAAACCUGAGCCUAAACGAUUUGGUGCCGGUAAUGGUAACAGUGACUUGUUAAAUAGUUACUCUUUGCCAACUCUUGAUACAUCAACAUUUUUGCUGAACCAACAACGUCAACGUACACAACAGCAACAGCAACAGCAACAACAAGCUUUUCAAAUUGAUGAUGAUGAUGAUGAUUCUAAUUUGAUUUCUCAUCUGGUAACCGGUGGGUCCCAGAAUCAAUCUCAGAUGAGAAUGAUGGAAAGCAGUCUAGGUUUAGGGUUCGAUUUCGACUUUCAAUCUCAGAGUUUCCCUACUCUUGAAUCUUUUGGAGUAAUCUAGCAGUAGUACUAGUUAAGACUUGAAAAGAGUUUCAAUCUCUUUGUAGUUUGUAUUCUUCAUCUUUUGUUGUCCUUUUAGUAGUAACUUUCCUUUUUGUAGUAUGUAGUACUGGAUCAGUUUCGGUCUCUCUGUUAAUACAAGCUUUCAUUUUUGUCAAAUCAAAAUUCCUAAUUUUCGUCUGA